AUGGGGAGCAGGGUGAAGGAGGAUGAGAGGAACGAGAAGAUCAUCCGGGGCCUGCUCAAACUCCCUGGCAACCGCCGCUGCAUCAACUGCAACAGCCUGGGACCACAAUAUGUAUGCACAAGCUUCUCUACUUUCAUCUGCACUAAUUGCAGCGGGAUACACCGAGAGUUCAGUCAUCGUGUAAAAUCAGUAUCAAUGGCUAAAUUCACUUCUCAAGAAGUUUCAGCACUUCAGGAAGGGGGCAACGAGCGUGCUAAGGAAAUUUAUUUCAAGCAUUGGGACUUGCAAGGCCCUGUUAUUGACAGUAGUGAUGUACAUAGACUCAGAAAUUUCAUCAAGAAUGUAUAUGUUGAACGGAGAUAUUCAAACCAAAGAAAUGGCGAACAUUUACCACAAGCAAAGGGUAAUCAGGACUCUUAUGGAAAUAGCAACGCAGAUUCAUCUCGAGGAGUUUUAAGAAGUGCAUAUGUUGGAACUUAUGAAGAUAAUCAUGAUCUAAAGCGCACCACAGAAAGUCUCUCGGAAAAUCAAAACAAAUCUAAUGUACAUCCAGUGGGUACAGUAGACCAAAACAAUAGUUCUACAAUGGCAAGAGAAAAGGUCGACCUUAGAAGCCAUCUGCAUCCAGAUGAUCUCUUGAAAACUGAUGGAAAGUCAGAAAAUAAUCAGAAGAUUGUGAUCCCAGCAGCUUCUUCUGCAGUACAAGCUUCCAAAGAAGUAAAUAGUAAAAAGGCAGUUCUGCCCAUCAAACUUCCUGAUCCUCCUAGAUCUCAGAAAGCAACAGCAUCUAAUACCUCUACUGAAGCACAGAAAUCAUCAUCUUCGAGGACUGACGAUCCCAGCCCUGCAACCUUGAAGGAUGCUAAAAACUAUAUGUCAAAAAAUCUGAUUGACUUCGAUUCAGAACUGGAACCUCCUCAAGGUGUUGCUCAGACUGAUAUGCAGAAGGGCUCUUUACCUGCAACCGAUGUUGGUUGGGCAACUUUUGAUGAUGUUGCUCCCAGAAAAACUACAACCAUGCUUUCAACUUCCAGUACUAAUUCUGUGGAGGGUCCAAUGCUACAGAUCCCUAAUUUGGCAUCAGCAUCACAAAUUAGAUUUUCAAAUGCCAAGUCCUUGUCUUUUUCCCCAGCAAAUCAUGGAACUCAACUGAACCAACAUAAUUUCUCUCCUGUCAAUACUGUCCAGUACAACGAUACUCUGUUGAACAGGGCUACUAGUGCUCCAGUUCAUAGCCAGUUAUGGAGAGCUGCAUCACCUACACUAACAACACAAUGGGGAAGUAUUCUUCCUGCUAAUCAGGGUUCAAAUAUAUUAAUAGGAACUCAUGAUCCGGCUAUAGUAUCAGCAUCCCAGCAACCUGCUGCUGAUGCCACAUCUAAUGGUAGAAAGGCACUUCCAGAGGAUAUUUUUACAAUGAGCUAUCGUCCAGUAUCUUCAGCCUGGAACUGGCAACAAAAUCCCCGUGUACAUAUGCAAUACGGACAAUAUCGGAUGCAUAAUCCUGUUGGGAUUGUAAAUUUCCCUUCUUUGACUUCUAUGCAAGAAGCAUUACCAAAUCUGGGCAGUACCGCAUUAUUGUCGCGCGCUCCAGAUCAUCAAUACAUGGUUCAGCAACAUGCAGUUCAAGUACAGAAUAAUACUUUCCCCACUGGAGGGAUCGCCACAACUGCCAACGCAUAUGGCUUACCUCCGAUGGAUCAACGUUUGGCUGCUCAAAAUAUACAGGCCAUGAACCAAAGUUCUUUACCCCGAGUUGGCGCAAACCCGUUUGCUUAG